AUGUGGGUGUACGCGCUCGUGGGCGCGCUCCUCCUCCUGGGCAUUUGGAGAGCUCUGGGCACCCGGAGCCCCUCUUCCAACCCUUUCCGGGCAGAUUCCAGGCGGCCGCCCGCGCCUCUGGUGACCGACAAAGAUGCGCGCAGAAAGGUCCUCAAGCAAGGUAGCCACCGGCCAGCCCCAGCUAGCCAGCCCCGGCCGGCGUGGGGCGCUGCCAGGCUGGCAAAGGGAGCUGCUGGGUGGGGGGUCAAGUGGCGCGUGAACGAUGCCCAGUGGUGGCAGAGCGAAGGGAUCAAUGCAUUCCUAGGAAUGUUUACUGCGGAUUAAGGCGCUGUUCCGUGGGGCUCCCGGGCUGGCAAGAGAGCUCGGGGCUGCAGCCUUAAAAGAAGGUUUUCUUCUCCCUUUGUUGCUUCGCGCGCUGUUUAGUUCAGAGCUUAGCGAGCUGUCGAGCUUAGUAUAGAAGAUGGUUAUCUCGUUUUUGCUUGCCAAAGUCCCCAAAUCCUGCCUCUUUGGUAUUUUCAGUUUAAAAACAUGCAAUGGGAAAGAGCCACUUCUGUUGGAGACCCUGCCAAUCAAAGUUGCAGGUGCCAGUACUAGAUGGGAAAUAGGCUAACCUGCUACAAGGAAUCUUCUUUUUGUUGCCUUAGCACUGCAAGUUAUACAGUUUUUCACCAAGCAGCUUUCCGUGGUUCUCACCUCCCCAUUUUUAUCCUCGCAACAACUUCGUGAGGCAGGCUGCUGUUGAGAGACGGUGACUGGCCCAAGGUCACCCUCUUUAAAAACUAACUUGUUAAAAUCUUCCUGGUUUUGCUCUGUCUGCUAACACUUGUACCUCGGACUCAGUUGAGCCCUAAAUAAAUAGAACCCUGCUAGGUGGGAAUAAUUACAUUUCAGCUGUGUUAUGAAGGAGACUGCCUUAGAUAUUCCUUUCUUGACAAAAUGGUGAAUUUCAGGUUAGGAGCUUGCAAUAUGUAAUCGCAAAAAUAUGUAUCAAAUUUCACACUUGCAUUAGAGUCUUGUAAUAGAAAAUUGACAUUAUACUGAAUAUUGUAUAUUACAUAGAUGUAAAUAAAGUGAUUACUUUUCCAUCUAACGGAGGUUUAAUUCAGCCAGCAUUGAGCCCUUUGAAUGGAAGAGAGAGCUUUAGCCCUAUGCAAACUUUCCUGGGAGUUGAUACCAUUGAACACUGCGUAAGUAUGUAUGGGAUGCUGUUGUACAGCACAUGUUUAACUUUCCAGCUGGAAUCAGUGGGGUGUUAAAAUGCUUAGCUUCAAUUGGCUUGUCCCAUUGGAGUUUAGCUUGCUUUUGAGCAGGUCUUUUAUAGGCUGUUAACUGCAGCCCUCUUUCUCUGAUAACUUUUUAAUUUUGGCUGGAGAGCUUUCUGGUCUCCAUCAUUUUGCUAAAACUAGUCUUGUUGCUGUAGUGACAUUAUUAUUUUUUAAUGACAUUGAGACUGUAACUUGAAAUGCAGCCCCUGGUGUAAUUUGCCAAGACUGUAAGGGAGCUAAACAUGAUCUUGAGCAUAUUAUGUCUCUGGUAGCUUCCACAGUCAUUUCCUAGAACAUCGUUGCCUUCCAGUCAGGCGUCCAAUACAGCCAGCCCCUCUUCCCUCUGGCAAAAGUGUGAGUUGGAAAGAGGGAAGCAAAAGAGGGAAGCACAAAAAUAACCCACUUUGUGCAUUCCCCCAGCUUUGUGCAUUCGCCCUUGCAAGUCACAUUCCUGAUGGCUAUAUGUUUAGGGAACUUGAGGGCAGACCCUAUGAUAUACAAACAUAGACCUCCUUCACACAAGGGGGGGGGCUGAUUGAUAUAGCAUCAGUGGCAUAGCGUGUGUUGGCAGCACCCGGGGCAAGGCAAGGAUUGUGUGCCCCCUAACCUUUUUGCAGACAUCGCGCGGAAGGCAACAGGUGAAUUUCGAAGCAUCCUUGUGGUGCCCCUCAUGGAGGUCACUGCGUUCGCCCUCUCAGCUAAGCUAAGCGAGCUCCCAGCGGGAGCGGCGACUGGCUUUCCUUGGUGGGGUUGGUGGUGUCCCAGCAGUGCUGGAGCCACAGCCACAGCUGGCCUAGGAGGAGGGUGGUAGAGAGCAGGCUGAGGCACCAAGCGCAGUCCUUCCCUGGCUGCCUCACCUUGGCUGUGCAGCACAAGGCUGGCUGCUGGCAGGUCCCAGGCAAGUGGGUGGUUCUCCUCUCCUCUCUUUUCUCCUGCCAUGGGGCAUGCACCUUGCUCAAAGACACACACCAGGAGGGAGGCCCCAGGGAAGGACCAGCGCAGGCCAGGAAAAGUCUGGGCUCCAGCUGGCAGGAGUUCCACCCAGGGGCAGGCAUCUGUUUGCCGGCCGUGAGGAGAAGGAGGUACCGCCACAGCCACAAAGAUACAGCCCAGACUCUGCUCACCUCCCCAUGGCUCCAGAAGAUGUCAGCCAUGCAGCCUUGAUAAGGGAGCCUGUCAUGGGGGUACCUAAGAAUUCUGUGCCUGGUGCCACGGCCCCCCAUGCCCCCACGCUACGCCACUGCUUAGGAUUGCCCCUCACAUGAAGGAGGUGUACAUUGUCUUUACAUUUAGACACAUGCAGGGACCCAUCUCAUGUUUGCCCAACACCACUGCCAGCAGGGGUAUGUGUGUGUGCCUGGCAACUGCAUGAGCAGCGGGGUAAGGCUACCCUGCACAGAACCCUCUUAUGACUGGGUUGAACACAUGAGGGAGAACACACAGGUACCCCGCCCAGUAUCCAUAAGUACAGUGGAGAAAAUCAGAUUGGAUUCAUUUCAUUUCCUUUGAAUAUUAACAAAACACAGGUACUUCAUCUCUUCUGUUCUUUAAUGCGUUUGUUGGAUUGGAGAGCUGAACAUACUAGGGAUUCUAUUAAGGAGACAUAAGGAUUUCAGUUCUUAUAGUAAUGGAUUUUCUUGAUGGACUUUGAACAAUAUGCUAGAUCAGCCCCGCUACAAAAUGAUGCUGAUCUACCUUGCUGCGAAGGCAAAUGGGAUAACAUCGUAAGACCGGCACGUCCAACAGGUAGAUCGUGAUCAAACGGUAGAUCACUGGACAUCUGUGGUAGAUCACUGGUAGAUUACUGGCUCCCCCCCCCCCAAAGAAGCUCAACAAGUAUGGAGGGGUAGAUCACUGCCAGUUUUUAACUCUGAGUAGACCACAGUCUCUUGGGAGCUGGCCACGCCUAUCGUAAGACAAUUGAUGUGCUAUAAGAUUUGGUGAAUAAUAGAAGCCAAGUCUACCAUUUCAUCUGCCAUGUGGGGGGGUAGUUGACCCUUUAUUUAAAGGUGGGUUUAGAACCUUCUUCUAUGGAGUGUUAUCAAUAUAGUGGUACCUUGGCUCUUGAACUUAAUCCAUUCCAGAAGUCCAUUUGUUCAAAAACCAAGGCAUGGCUUCUGAUUGGCUGCAGGAGCUUCCUGCACUCACGCAGAAGCCAUGUUGGGCAUUCGGCUUCCAAAAAAUGUUCAAAAACCAGAACGCUUACCUCCGAGUUUUGGGCGUUCGGGAGCCAAUUUGUUCGUCAACUAAUCUGUUCGAGAACCAAGGUAUGACUGUGCAUGUUCUUUAGUCUGCAUUCUGUCCAUCCUCAUCUGAAUGUUUUAGAACCCUGCUCAAGGAAAUCUCCUACCAGCUGUCCCCUAAAGCUGGCUAUACCACCUUUAUGACAAUGGCUGCAAAAUUCUUUGCCAAAGAGCGGCCUGGCCACCAUUCUAGUCUGGGAAGAAUGAGGAAGGAAAACCCUUCAUUUGGUAAAAUGUGAUUGAAUUAACUUCACCUAGUGCCUUGGAAAAUAGACCAGGUUGCACUGCAGGUAGUUGUCACUCCCUGCUUCAUUUCAGCUGUUCCUCCAGAUUAAAUGCAAACCCCCAUUUAUCCAACAAAACGUGUAUAACCAUUUGAUUGUAAGAGAACCUUUAAACAGAUUACAAAAAAAUUGAAAUUCUCAAAAAAACCCAAAGAUCAGGAAUUUGAAAACAUUCAAAAGUUGAUUAAAAUCAACAGUGUCUGAAAAGAGAAUAAAGCACAGGUAACUUCUACAUGCUCCGAUAGGCUUGCCUAAACAAAAAAAUGUUUUAAACAGGUACCAAAAAUAAUACAGCUAAGGUUUCUGCCGGAUGUCAAUAGGGAAGGAGUUCCAAAGUGUUGGUGCUGCCCCUUUAAAAGACUGGUUUCUUAUAGGUGGAGAAUGAAUAUUAUGUGGCAGUGGCAGCAGUGCCAGUUCUACAGAUCAAUAUAUUUUAUUUAACUAAAGUUUUAUAUGGCUCAGACAGUUGUAAAGAGAAUGCCACUAGAAACCCUCAAGAGAGUGUCUAAAGGCUGAUCCAUAUGCAACUAUAUGCGGCAGCUAGACAGGUGACUGGGAGUGGCCUCCAGGACCAUAUAACACCGGUCCUGAGAGAUCUAAAUUGGCUCCCAGUACAUUUCUGAGCACAAUUUGUUGGUGCUGACCUUUAAAGCCUGAAACAGCCUCAGUCCAGUAUACUUGAAGGAGUGUCUCCACCCCCAUCGUUCAUCACUGAGGUCCAGCGCCGAGGGCCUUCUGGCGGUUCCCUCCCUGCGAGAAGUGAGGUUACAGGGAACCAGGCAGAGGGCCUUCUCGGUAGUGGCGCCCACCCUGUGGAAGAUGUCAAGGAAAUAAGCAACUAUCCUACUUUUAAAAGACAUCUGAAGGCAUCUGUUUAGGGAAGUUUGUCAUGUUUAAUGCUGUAUUGUGUUUUUAAUAUUCGAUUAGGAGCCGCCCAGAGUGGCUGGGGAAACUCAACCAGAUGGGUGGGGUAUAAAUAAUAAAUCAAUAUUAUUAUUAUAAUUAUUAUUAUUACACUAAAUUUUGGGUGUCCCAGUGCCAAUCAGGACCCUGGCAUGGGGGGCAAAGGAUUCAGCCCCAACUGCAGUGCCAAACAAGAUCAACUGAAUUUCCGCUAUUGCAUUGGGAAGGAAACUCCCAUUGGAAUGAAUGGAAGUGGGGUUGUUGUUGUUGUUUGCCUUGUGAAAAUAGAACACACAGGGAAUCUGAGGCUGCAGCAGAGCAAAGGGCUAAAUCCUCCUCCCCAUACCAGGGUAUCAAUUUGGGGGGCUGUACCUGCAGUUCAUUCACACAAUUCCAUGAAUGGCAUUUCAUCUUGUUUGAUCCUAACUUGCCAACAGUGAGGGGGUCUACUUAUCAAAAUGAACUAGACUUGGGCAAGGGCGCUAGAGUGCUCAGAUGUGUAUGCACAAUUCAGUUGCACAACACAGAAUUCCCAGUGGGUUGUACCCCUGAUAUAUAUCUGUCCUAAGCUACAAAUAGUUACCUCCAAACACAUCUGAUAAAAUAACACUUCUGUGUCUCCACACACCGAAAUUCCAUCAUUUAUACUAAGCAAAUUGCAGUUGCUGGUAGCUGGGGUGCAUGUAUGUGUUUGUGUGGUGGUGGUGGUGGUGGUGGUGUGUGUGUAUCUCAAUCUUCUCCGUUGUGGCGGAUCUGAGAGUUCCUACACACAAUCUAAUUUUGGCUGUGAUGUAGCAAAUUAGGAUAACCAGCAGGAAGAUGUGAGUGGGAGAGGUAGGUCGAGGAUUAUAGCAACAGGAUUACUUUGGAGGUUGGGGGGUCAGGGAGAGUGGUGUGGGAACAGAGCAGGGAUAAUACAUGCCAGAUUAUGUGGCUUUUACAUUCUUAUGCUAUAGCCUAAUAGCUAGCCCGGCUACAUGAUACUCAUGUCUUCUGUCCCCGUCUCCCAGUCUUUUCCAGGGACAAGGUUCCUGAUGGCCUGGAUGCUGUCGUCAUUGGAAGCGGCUAUGGGGGCCUGGCGGCGGCCGUGAUGCUCUCUAAAGCUGGGAAGCGCGUGCUGGUCUUGGAGCAGCAUGGGAAGGCAGGGGGCUGCUGCCAUACCUUCAAUGAGAAAGGUUUCGAGUUUGACGUAGGUAAGGUGACCCGCACAAUCAGGGAGUGGGCCUGAGCAGUUACAACUACAUACAUGCAGUGGUGGAGCAAACCGAUCGGGCGCCUGGGGCGGCGCGUGUGUCCUGCACCCAGGGUGGGGCCAGCUGCCCACGGGGACACCGUGGGGCCUCCAAGGAGUCUGCCUUCCUCCUCCAACUCAGUCGCCCUACAGCUGAGGGGGAGGCAAUGGGCAGACUGUUUGGGGCAGCGCGGAGCCUGCGGGCACCCAAGCCACCGCGUCACUCCCAGGAGAGACGUGUGGCUUGGACGAGCUGCAGGCCCCAUGGUGAGUGCCGCCCAGCAUUUUGUCACCCCCCCCCCAGUGGUGACACCCGGGACGGACCUCCCCCACUGCACCCCCUUGCUACGCCCCUGCAUACAUGUAGGGAUGUUGGAGAACUCUCGCAGAAAUUGCCAGUGUUGGCUUCUUCAUUCCAGAAAGGAAUUGAUUCCAGCAAAUACCAUCUGCUGCAGUUUGACUCCUGACAAAACUACAUUUCUCUCGCUGUCUGCUACACAUGGACACAAUUAUGUCAUCACUACAUUGUCCCCCAUCCUUCAUUUAUUCUUCAUAUUCCAAGAUGGCAGCGCGUUCAUACGCUGCGGUUCUGAGAUCCUAAUACUUCACCUACUCACACACAAAACUGGUGAUGAUUCACACCCUGGCCGGCACUUUCUUGAUCUCUUGCCCUCAGGCAGAAGAUAUAGAAGCAUGAUUAGUCACACCAACAGGGUAAAAAAACAGCUUCUAUCCAUGGGCUGUUAGGCUGCUGAAUGAAAAGCUAACCACAGGGCAACUGACUUUCGGGUUUGGUGGGUGUGCGUCAGUAAACAAGGGGAAUUAAGACUAAGAGAGCUGAGAGGGGGGUGCCCGUGUAAUCUCACUGUAUACAAGUUGUACAAUUGACAAUAAAGUAUUUCAAUUUAAAUGCAAAGGAAGCAGAAUGCAAAUUACCAGGGCGGAGUCAUCAAUUAUGCUGUGUUGUGUAUCAUUUGUGGACUGAAAUCAGUUGCUUGUUCCACCACCCACCCGACUCCCCAAGCAGGCCAACUCUGAAAGAUGCACAGCACACACAUGCACCCCAGUUCUAAAAUUUAGGACCUAAUCUCUUUCGUUAUCACUUUUCCAUUAUGACACUUGACCUGUUGCCUUCCAGGAAUCCAUUACAUCGGGCAGAUGCAGGAGAACUCUAUCCUACGUGUGAUGAUUGAUCAACUCACGGAUGGGCAGCUCCAAUGGGCUCAGAUGGACUCUCCCUUUGAUACCAUCAUCCUGGGAGAUCUUGACAGCUGCAAGAAGUAUUACCUGUACAGUGGGGAGAAGGAAUAUGUCAAAGGCCUAAAGAAGCAAUUUCCUGGCGAAGAAGCUAAUAUUGACAGAUUUGUGACGCUUGUCAAGGUAAUCAUUUUUUUCAUUGCGCCUUGGUGAAAGACCUUUGAUUUUUUAUUAUGGCUGCAAAGUCUUAAACCCAUUUGUUAGAUUAACUGAUAUUUUUGACACUUUUGAAAUGCAAUCUAGAAUGCAAUCUAGCCUUGAAGUAAGCUCAACAUAUUAAGCAACUAAAACAUAUAAGGUCAGCUUAAAUUUCUUCAACAGCACUGCAGCCUUAUAUUUUUAUUGUGGGUGCUGUAGUCUGUGUGAAAUUUGAGGACAUAUUCUGGGAGGGUCAUCACAAAAUGACCGUCGGGGAGUAUGGCCUAUCACAGAGAACAAGUUAUGUGACAGAGAAUAUUUGGUUUCAAAUACCUUCUUGACUGGGAUGGUCCCGGGACAGUGCUGAAGUCAGUUUUGCUUUCUCAGCUGAAUCUACCUCACAAAAUGUGUAAUUUUAAAUAACACAUAUAUUUACUGAGGUUAUCAAAAGAGCUGCAGCAAAAAAGGAAGCAGCCUUGGACCCAACGUAGAGGCUUCUAAAUCCUGGAGCACUAAUAAUAAUAAUAAUAAUAAUAAUAAUAAUAAUAAUUUACUACUUGUACCACACCCAUCCCUAAGUUGGCUGGUUCUGAAUAUCCACCGUGCUUUCUGAACAAAGGAAGUUCCCUUCUUGGUCCCUCUAGUCAAGUAUCAAAUAUUCCGUCUAACAGCAGCUCUCCAGGAUCUUGGGGGCGGGGGUCAGUCUUUCCAACCACUUGCUAACUGAUCCACUUGCUAGCUGCAUAGCAUGUGCUCUUUCUCUCAGCCGUGGCUGUGCUUCUGUUUUGCCGGUUGCUCUACAUCCACUUCUAUCUUCCUAGCGAAUGCCGAAGUCCUCAGUUCUUGUGCUUGUAACUGCUGAGGUCUCGUGCUGCGUCUUUCAGGUGUGCAUUAAACGUCAUCUCUUUUCUCUCUUCCCACCUCUCCGCCCUGCUUUCCCGCCCUCCCACAGAGAGUCGCCAAAGGGAGCGCCCACAUGGCAAUUCUGAAAAUGCUCCCGAUGCCCUUGGUCUGGUUUCUGCACUGCACCGGCUUGCUGGCUUUGAUCUCCCCUUUCUUUAGGAUGAUAUCCAAAACUCUGUCGGAGGUGACGGCUGAGUUCACGACAAAUGCAGACCUGAGAGCGGUGUUCACUUAUAUCUUCCCUACCUAUGGUAGGUGAUGCGGUCCCCUGCUGCCUCAAAGGCAUGUGCAUCGUAAAUUAAUCAUAUGAAAGCGCAAUCCCUUUGCCCCUUUUAAGGGGGCUGAAACUUGUAACUGUGGGUGGAACUAGACAAUGCAAAGUACCGUAUAUCAACGUGGCUGCCAUUGAAAGUGGUGGUCCAUAGUCUCUUCUUACCCUGGUAUAAUUCAGUAAAUAUCAAAAGUGAGACAUGUCAUUGUGUUGAAUUUCCCUGUGCCUACGAGUGGCCACAAAUGAAGUGUGAUAGAAGUGGAGAAGCUCAGCAGGGUAGCAUCCUGUUUUUAAUUUUUCUUUUCACACUGAAAGCUGAGGGCAAGUGUUGGGUCAGGUGUUAGUUGAAACCAGGUUUUCUUGUUCCAUAGAAACCAGGAACUGUUUUAAUCUCUGCUUAGUCAGACUAUCCAUUUUCUAUAGGAGCCUUUUGAAAUGUGAGUGUAUUUCAAAAAUAUAUAUAUAUAUAUAUAUAUAUAUACAUAUAUAUAUAUAUAUGCAGCAAGUGGUUAGCAAGCUGAUGAGGGAGCGGGAGACAGGUAAACAUGUUGGAUCAAUGCUCUUCGUCAGCUUAAUAAACUGGCUUCAUAUAUCUGAACCACCCCUAGAACAGAAUGUGCCAGAAAACUUCAGCAAAAGAAAUAAAAUCCUAGGCAAACCCUGGCUGGCCUGAGAGUGGCAUCAGAAUAGGUACCAGGUGAGCCUCCUUAGGACCACAAUCAAAAAAGCCUCCAUCCUGUUCCCAUUUGCCUAACUUCAGAUGAUAGGAGGGGGCAGAGGAGAGCCUCAUGGGGUGAAUGUAAUGUUUGGGAAGGAAGUAAAAAAUAUCCUCUAGGAAAUAAAACAGAGGCAGCUCUUAUGCAGAUACCCCCAGCCCUAAGGCCACAAAUGACUAUCUUUGAUUAGACAUGGCAUUAUAUAUUUCGUGGUGCACUGUGAGCUAAUAUUUUAAUGGACUUAAUUUCCAAGCUGACUUACAUGGAGUGUGUAGACUUGGACCAUUCCUGUGUAGACCUUGCUUGGAUAGGACUUCAAGAGGGUGGGGGAGCCUAAACCACAAUUACGAUUUCAGCUUCCUAAUUUAAUAAUCCUUGUUCUGUGUCUUGCAGGAGUCAUUCCGGAGAAGUCAAGCUUCCCUUUGCACGCCAUCCUUGUCGAUCAUUUCUUGGAAGGUGCCUGGUACCCUCAGGGAGGUUCCAGUGAAAUCGCAUUUCACUCCAUCCCCAUCAUUGAACGCGCCGGAGGGGCUGUCCUCACCAAAGCACCUGUGCAGAGCAUCUUGGUGAACUCGCAAGGAAAAGCCUGCGGUGAGCACUUUCUCAGAGCUGAUUUAGUAUAGCAGCUGAGAGUCUGGAUUUCAGAUUCCAUCCUGGUCCCAGUGUAACAGGGGAGAGGAACUUGUGGCCCUCCUGAUGGUGCUGGACUCCAGCUCCCAUCAGCCCCAGCCAGCGUGGCUCAUGGUCAGAGGGGAUGGGAGCUGUAGUCUAACAAAUAUAUGGAAACCACAGGUUUCCGUGCAUUAUCGUUUCUGCCAUGAACUCACCUGGCUAACUCAGGUAACCUUUGCCACAUCUCCCCUUCCCCACCAGCAACAUGAGGACAAUACUGAUCUGUAUUAGAGGAUUGCUGUGUGGAUUAUAGCAAGAGGAUCCUUAAGCAUCCCAUGUAGCCCAAGGAAUUGCUGCAUGGAUGGGGAAGAAAUGGGAAGCCACAGGGCUUAUGUGCAACCCCUUGAUCACGUUGCUUUAAUUUCUAAACCGAGAGAUUCUGGGGCUCUUACCCUUAUUUGCUUUUCCAUGCAAGAGCCCCCUGUUGUAGGAAGCUGCUUUACUGGUCCAUCAAGCUCAGGAUUGGCUACAUCAGGAGAGAGGACCACAGGCCUGGGGGCCUGUUCACCCCCUUGAGGGUUUUUUGUCCAGCAGCUAAUGCAUGCCUGGAUGGAGGGUGCUGUGGUUGUAAAGACUGCGGAGAGAAUAAUUGGGUGCACUCUUUCCACCUUGGAUCAAAUCUAUGCUUCCAGGUGCCAUAAGAAAGCUGCAGAGAUAGCGCAGGAUAGUGCGCACCCUGAAAUGAUCUCUUUCAGCUUCUACCUUCUGAAAGAAGGUACAGGGUUAUAAAGACUAGGACUAGCCACCUGAGAAACAGUUUCUAUUCAAAUGCGAUUUUGGUUUUAAACGCAGUGUAAGGUAGUCUCUAUGGGAGUAUAUUGUAUUUAAUUGUGGGGUAUCAGAGUUUUUAGGGGGCUAACCCGGCUGGGAUAGCUGGGAUAGCAGACUUGUUGGUUUCUGAAUGUCUGAUGUAGAUUUUCAAUUUCGUUGUUCUGUAUGGGACAAUGACAAUAAAGAUUAUUGUAUCUUAUCGUAACCACUGAGCCUCUUGGGCUUGUCGAUCAGAAGGUCAGCGGUUUGAAUCCCCGUGACGGGGUGAGCUCCCGUUGCUCUGUCCCAGCUCCUGUCAACCUAGCAGUUCAAAAGCAAGCCAGUGCAAGUAGAUAAAUAGGUACCACUGUGGUGGGAAGGUAAACAGCAUUUCUGUGCACUCUGGUUUCCGUAACGGUGUUCCAUUGCGCCAGAAGCGGUUUAGUCAUGCUGGCCACAUGGCCCAGAAAGCUGUCAGUGGGCAAACGCCGGCUCCCUCGGCCCGAAAGCGAGAGGAGUGCCACAACCCCAUUGUCGCCUUUGACUGGACCUAACCGUCCAGGGCUCCUUUACCUUUUUACCUUAUUUAGGAGUGUUUAUGUGUAGAAGCUAGUCUACUGUACAAAGGCCAAGUUCACUUCUGUAGCUCUGUCUACUCCUUCCUUGGGCCCUGUCUACCAUUGGUAUGUACCUCUCAGGAGACUGGCCAGAAGGGAAUGCAACCCUUGGGUUGAAAAUAGUUCUCUAUUCCUACAUUGGUUGGCUGCAGCUCUCUUGGCUUAAGGUAUUGGCCUGGUUUGAAUGUGGUCGUAAACCAUGGUUCAUGGCUUACUAUGAAGAAGCAUGUCACUCAGCCACUCCCUCUCUGCUUUGCCCCUAGAACAAGCAGAAGUAGCAAGCCAUGAAGCUUGUUGUGACGUCUGAAUGUUAGAUCACAUUUGCUUUCUCCCAAAGCAGACCACAAUCUGGAGGCCAAGAACACACCUGGGCUUCUAAUUGCGAUUUGUUCCACAGUCAGCAGGCGGACCAUGGUUUACUGUGGCAUCUGCAUGAGACCAUCAUGUAUAAGGACUGAAAUAGGAACUUUCCCUUAUUUUCUGAGCUCGGCUGCUGGGUGUGGAAAGAGAAGCUGAAAUAUACUCGGAGUCGAGUGUGGAUUUCAUGCUCUUUAUUCAGCUCAUAGUAGUGAGGAAUGGAAGUUCCCCUGAAAUGUCUGCUUUAUAUACAUUAUUUACACAAUGGGCCCUGCGUGAUUGGCCAGUUCUGGGAUUCUCCUGUAGGCCAAUCAAGUUGUGGAUUCACUUCCACCUGGAGUUGGAUUGGGUGGCUGCUGCGGACCAAUCAGACUGCUGUAUUCUGGAUCCUAUUGUUCUAGGACCAAUCAGACUGCUGCAAUUUGGAACCUAUUCAACUCAGUACAUAACAUAAGCCUUUAAAGAAGGAAUCUCCGCAUGCUCUUGCUUUCAGCGCAUUUUCCAGGAUGCAUUUAACUUGCAAAAAUUAACAUCACUCUGCCAUUUGUCUUGCCUGAAAUUUAGCUAUGUCAGUGAGUCUCUUGUGAAGGACAGGGAAAGAGAGGAGACGCUUGUACCUUCAUGUGAACCAAGGCAAUAAACAAUCCUACCAAAGCUCUUCCCACCCACAUUAAACUUCAUUGAAGGUGUUUAAGCUGCUUACAUGCUUAAACCCUCCCUCUUAAUUUCACUGAGCCUCUUUUGCCAGUUCAAGGAUUGCCUGUAAUAUUGAUCACCCUCCCCAACCUUUCUUCCUCAGACUAUCUGCAAAAUGAGGAUUGCAAAAUGCAAGGUUGCUGUAAAAACUAACAGAAAGCCUUGGAAUUUGCAGGUGCCACCAAAAAGAAACAUUAAAAACAAAAACGAAACCUCACCUCCGUACCAGCUUCCAGCUAUGAAUUGUCAUUGGUUGAAUCUUCUCUGUGAUCAGCAGGAAAGGAUUUCUCCCUGCUCUUUGAUUAGAGCAAUCCAAAAGAAACUUUACCCGGUCUGAACACAUUUUGGUCUUAUUUUCAGGUGUAAGCGUAAAGAAAGGUCAAGAUCUUGUUAACAUCUAUGCUCCUGUUGUGAUUUCUGAUGCUGGCAUCUUUAACACCUAUGAGCAGCUCCUGCCAAAGGAAUUGCGGGCUUUACCAGGUAAGAGGACACAGGACAAUUUGUGCUUCCACUGUGUAGGUGUAUGGUGGGUUUGUAGCCAUGGGGGGGCGCAGAUUUUAGUACUGGGAACACAAAGGUUUCAUGCUAGAGCUCUCUCAUUCGCACACAGUCAGGGCCAGAUUUAGGUUUGAUGAGGCCCUAAGCUACUAGAGGUAAUAGUAACUUUAUAUGUCCAGCUGUCCUUUGUCAACAACAAAUUGCUGCUGUUUUUUGUGUUGAAUAUAUGCUAUACGGUAAUUUAUGGACCUAAUAGGUAUCUAAAGCCAUUUGCACAUAACAAAAUAUGUAUUCUAUCAAAGUAAUUGUUGAACUGAAAUACAAUUAAGAAGCAUAUUAAUAGCGAAAUAAUUAUUAAGCUCUAACUGUAUGUAGGUUUUAUUUUAUUUAUUGUUUAUCUUAUAUUUUGGAAAUGUACAUCCAGUUGUUGUUUUUCCUUUAAUUUUUUGGGGGGCCCCAAAAGAGUGGGGCCCUAAGCUAUAGCUUGUUUAGCUUAUACGUAAAUCCGGCACUGCACACAGUCCUGCUAUUCCAUGAUUAUAGCACCAGAAACUAUACAGGCACUCGUUGUUUUUUGUGGAGGUUCCCUCCACGCUCAUUGGUGGAGCGGGGCAUAAGCCCGUUCUGCCCCAUCCCAUUCCAUCCCUUUUCAUGCUGUGUUUAUGACAUUUUGGGGCUACUUUCUGGUUCUGUACCAUGUGAAUGUGCAUGAUUGCGCGUCAUUCAGGUGGACCUAAAUCGGGAGUUGCCUGUAGUGCACCUUCGUAAAUUUCUUUUCUUUUCUUUUCUUUUCUUUUCUUUUCUUUUCUUUUCUUUUCUUUUCUUAAGAGGUACACGUUUUAAAGAUGUAAGUGAUCAACAUAUACAAAGCCUUUAGGUAAUACUGCCCUGUGAUUCAACUGUUUAGAGUCUAUGACGUUUUCAGUACUCUGAAUAUAGCGCAGCUGGUAAACAUUUCUUUCCCAGAGUUUUCUUGUGUCAGAUGCACCUUUUGCAGCUAUACAGAUGGCAAUGUAGUAGAUUCUUUUUUUUCUUUCUUUUAUUGUAUUAGACAUAAUCAAAAAUGAAAACUCCAUCCUACACACCUCACCCUCCAAGCACAAUGCCAUUCAAACAUGCAAUGAUUUCUCAUUUACACAAAACUAUCUUUCCAUAAGGGACGCGGGUGGCGCUGUGGGUUAAACCACAGAGCCUAGGACUUGCCAAUCAGAAGGUUGGCGGUUCGAAUCCCCGCAACGGGGUGAGCUCCCGUUGCUCGGUCCCUGCUCCUGCCAACCUAGCAGUUUGAAAGCAUGUCAAAGUGCAAGUAGAUAAAUAGGUACCACUCCAGCGGGAAGGUAAACACGUUUCCGUGCGCUGCUCUGGUUCGCCAGAAGCGGCUUAGUCAUGCUGGCCACAUGACCCGGAAGCUGUACGCCGGCUCCCUCAGCUAAUAAAGCAAGAUGAGCGCCACAGUCCCAGAAUCGGCCACGACUGGACCUCAUGGUCAGGGGUCCCUUUACCUUUACCUAUCUUUCCAUAUGUCUGUGUGAUGUAGGUUCUUUUUUUUUGAAAGCAGAGAUGUGGAAGCCCUGCAAGUGUCGUUCAGGGAUGGUGGGAGUUGUAGUCCAACAACAUCUGGAGGGCCACAAGUUCUCCACUCUUCUUCUAAAGCAGAGGAGGAGUUCCAAUAAGGAUCUUAUUACCAAAGGGCAUGUAAGGUGGGAAAUCGUUUUGAUUUCCUAAGCUAUGAUGGAACUCAGUGGAAAGUCUGUGGGAGAAGCAUGUUUGGCCUUCCUUCCCCGUCCUCCUCCAACACCACCACUAAGGGAGAGGAAAUGCAGGUGGCUGUAAUGUGGAUUGUGUGAAUAUAUUAUACAUCAAAAUCUGAGCACCCCACUGCUACUCUAAAAAGAAUCUUUAAGCUGGGAGAUUGGAUCAGAGGAAUUUCUAUACUACAGUUUUAUUGGAACGGGAGCGCAACAAGCUCCUAAUCACACUUGAUAUUUUACUUACUUACUUAGCCUUAUUAGCUACAAGAUUGUGGAAGAUCUUACUUUAGUCUGCUAUGACUCCUAAGCUCCUCUUUUGUACAUUCCUCGGUACAUAUAUUUUUUGGCCUGUAUUCCUUUAUCCUGAAUUCUAUUCUCUCAAUAAUUAAAUGCUUGUUUGUACUAAAAAAUGUUUGUGUGGCUAGCUUAAACCAAGCCUUCAGUGCAAACAGCAUUUCCGUAUGCUCUGGUUUCCAUAACGGUGUUCCGUUGUGCCAGAAGUGGUUUAGUCCUGCUGGCCACGUGACCCGGAAAGCUGUCUGUGGACAAACGCCGGCUCCCUUGGCGUGAAAGCAGAGAUGAGAGCCGCACCCCAUAGUCACCUUUGACUGGACUUAACCAUCCAGGGGUCCUUUACCUUUCCCUUUCCCCCAGUGCUUUCCAUUGUGGAAGAGGGUGAUGGAAAGGCUGAAUAGGGCAGGCAGCUUGAAAAACAAGACUUGCUGUGUUUUUGGUUUACCACUUGUGGUUUGUUUGAGUGGUAAACCAUGACAAAUCAAGCUAUGCAUGUGUAUAGAGUCCUGGAAGAUUCCUGGAAAACUGUCCAGAGGUCCUUUCAGUGCAAUCCAGACCAGUCUUCAGACCUAGCUGUGUCUUAGCCAAUUUUGUGCUGUUUUUGCCUACGACAAAUUUUGCUCGGAUAUGUUCUGUUCCAUUAUUUCCUCCUUUUUAGUUAUCCAUCCACAGCAUUGAAACAGGGAUGUUUUUCCAUGUUGAUACAGCUAGAACACAUAGGUCCUACAACUUUCACCUGAUAGUGCCUAAACUGAAAUGGUUAUACCAACCUCCUGGAAUUCUCUGCAGGUUCUGGGAUCUACUGCAUAUAUAACAUUUGGCUCUUCAAUAGCUAACAUUUUGCCACCUCUGUAAGACCUUGGUCUAAUUCGGAUACAGUGUGUUCCCUGGGUUGCUCCACCUAGUCUGCUUUGCAGGGCUGUGUGUGUAUUCUGUCACCAAAAGUAUCCAAAAUGCCUAAUAUAUAGCUGAAGACCAUAAAAGAUGCAGUAAUAAAAUGACCAAGCUAUUGCAAGUUGGAAUGAAAUGGCAGUAUAGGGUUCAUCUAAAAGACUUCACAGGCCUCCCUUUCCAAGUGCUUGACAAAAUUUUAAACACUGUGGGUUUUAAAAGAUUUCAUUUUCCCAAAUUUAUAUAUCACUUACUAGAACAAAAGGCUUCUGAGUGGUUUAAGAGAGUCAUUAAAUAUUCCAACAACAAAAAAAACCCAAAACAUAUACAGUGGUACCUCAGGUUAAGAACUUAAUUCGUUCCGGAACUCUGUUCUUAACCUGAAACUGUCCUUAACCUGAGGUACCACUUUAGCUAAUGGGGCUUCCCGCUGUCACCGCACUGCCAGAGCACGAUUUCUGUUCUCAUCCUGAAGCAAAGUUCUUAACCCGAGGUACUAUUUCUGGGUUAGCGGAGUCUGUAACCUGAAGCGUAUGUAACCUGAAGCGUCUGUAACCUGAGGUACCACUGUAUAGUAAUUACGAAACAUUUCUACUUACUGAAACUAUGUACAUGCUAAAAUUACAUGCCUAACCAGCUUGCUGAAACAAAAAUGGUUUUAGCAGGCUCCUUAUAACUUGUUACUAAAAGAAGAGCAUAUGUAGGGAGGGAAUUGCAUACGCUGGGCACUGCUUACCCCUUUUCUAAAACAUUUAGGGACCUAUACUUGAUCAAAAGGGCUACCUCUUACAGCUGAGCUGUAUCUAAAGAUGCCUGACUCUGGGUGUCCCUACCUUCUGAGGUAAGGUGGGUGGCUACUAAUUAAUUUAACAUCAAAUUGCAAAUAGUUCAACCUUCAGAGUUGUGACCCUCCACUAUGGAACUUGCUGACUUUCUAAAGAACGGUUUUUCAUUUGCUGCAAAUGGCAUUACUGUCAGUAUUUAACAAACAAAAUACACAUUUACUUCAGGGGGGGAAACCCCCUACUGAUAUUCCUGUUGACUGCAGUUCAACAGGUGAUUGCCAGGAACCCGGAACCCUGUAAAAGAAAAUAAACCGCAAAAAUUGUACAAAGGAGUACUAGAAUGUUUUGCCGUGGUGCGCCAAAUUUUUCCUAAGCUUCCCCCCCCCCCCGUUAUCUUCUGAUUUUAACUGUUUUAAUCUGCUGCUGUUCAGAACUGUGUUGCACCCUUUAAAAAAAAAAUAGUAUGUUUUAACUGAAAAGUGGGACAGAAGUUCUAGAAUGCCAUGUUCCUGAUUGCCAUCUGGUCCCCACUAUUAGAGGUCAAAGGAUUCAAAUUAUGGGGCCAAUUCAUAAGGGAUAAAGAUGUGGUAAACAUGAGAUGAAUUUAUGCAUUGGCUUUAAUAGGAUUCAACUUUUCCAAGACUUCCUUUCAGCUCUAAUAAUACUACGUGUGGUUUUUCUUUCAAAACGGCCUGUCCUCUGUUUCACUAGCACAAUCCUUCUAAAUCUCAUGGGAGUUUUUCAGACUACCAGUAUGCCCUGGAAGGAUCAAAUUGUAAGCAAAUUUUAAUAGCUUUGAAAGAAAGCUCACGUGUUGCUCCUAAGGCUCUUGAUAUAAACACAGUGUUGAAUAGAAAGAUUUCCUUUAACAAAUGAGCCUGAGUGAAAGGGGGAAAGGCGGCCAAGUACUUAACAUGAGCUGUACAAUGUUGGGUAGCGCAGAGUACUGUAUAUAAAAGUUACAGGUAGAGCUUCAGGUUUUUAAGUAAUCGAAAGUGGGGCAGGCAGAAAGCUGCAGCCCAAACCCAGGAUGGCUUACAAUAAGCUUACAAUUGACACAUGAGGAAAAAGUGAUGGGGACGGAAGAGGGGGGAGAGCAAGUCGAGGCACCGGUUCUUAUAAUGACCAGCCAGUUCAGGAAGCCUGAUGGAAUAGCUCCUACUAGGUAAAAGUUCAUGGAAGACCAAAGGUCUUUUCCCACCUAAAUUAAGCUGUUAAAAUGAGGGACAUUAAUCAAGAAUGGACCUUUGUGUGACAGGACCAUUAAUCUAAAGAACCCCCAAGAAACCUAUGCCACACCAGAAAACACUGGGUACUAAAGACAGUGAUACCUCGGGAUGUGAACGGGAUCCGUUCCGGAGCCCCGUUCGCAUCCUGAAGUGAAUGCAACCCGCGUUCACACGUCUGCGCAUGCACGGGUCGUGUUUCGCCGCUUCUGCGCCUGCGUGUGACGUCAUUUUGACCGUCUUCGCAUGCGCACACGGCGAAACCUUAAAGUAACGUGCUCUGUUACUUCUGGGUCACCGCUGAGUGCAACCUGAAAAUACUUAACUUGAAACACAUUUAUCCCAAUGUAUGAUAUUAUACCACAAGCUUCCUGAGCAUUUCAUAGAUGGUCUGUUAUGGUAGAUAUUUUACAGGCAAUCAAUAGAUGUAGUACUACAAAACUCAAAAGUGUCAAAGUCAAAUACAUGCUUGGGUGACAGCCAAUGUUGUCAUGCUUAGAGCAGUCCUACAGAUGUCAGUGAACUUCAGUUAUUCCAUUAAUGUUAAUGGUCAUCUGUGAGAACGACUUAAUUAGAAUGCCCUUUGUAUUGAAUGACCUAUGCCCAGUAAGGUUUUUUCACUCCAUAACUUUAAUACUAAAACACUGUGGGGUGUGUCUGAAGCAUCUUGUGUAAGUCAUACAUUCGUCUUUGGUUCAGUUGUUGUAAUUGCAAGUUGUUUUAUUGAUAAUAGUUGAAGAAUAGUGUUUCCUUUUGUCUUUCUUUGCUUGUCUUUUUGUUUUUAGUGAGUGUUGGCCAAUCCCAUCCAUCCCAACUAUGGCCCUGCCUACGAAAAAUACACAAUACCACGCUGAACGUGCAAAAGGGGAUGGAGAACAUGCAGUUCUUCAGAAGCUGUUAGGACUUCGGCUCCCAAUAGCCCCAGUCAGCAUGGUCAAUGAUCAGGGAUGAUGGGAGUUGUAGUCUAACAACAUCCAGAAAGCUGCAGGUUCCUCAACCCUGAUGUAAAUUAAUUUGCCCUUACUCUGAACUUUACCUUACACUAUUCUCCAGUGAAUCAAAUUAAUAGGUAUGCUACAUAUUACCUGGUGGUGGUGGUUGUAACAUAAAUAUUCUUCCAAAUGUCACUGAAAAUCUGCUCCUUGUAACAUCUUGGCUACGCCCUUUGCAAUACUUGCAUACAGGGGCAGAAUUCAGUAAAGGGUUCCAAUCUCCUUCAUGUGAGUUCCUGGGGCAGCAGUUGUUUAUCCUUGACAAAAAGACCUUGAGGUGAAAAGUUGACACAAGAUGACAGGAGUCCUAGUGAACUCCUGCGAGUUCUUCAACUGUAAAAAAUUAACUUGAGAUGUCUAAGGCUAAUGGGAGAUUUAACUUGACCUUCUAUGCCACCCUGAUUCUGUGAUUAACUUUUAGCAGGAGAUUAUGCACCUGCUCACGCAAAACCAUUUACCCUCAGUCAACCUCCCUUUCCGACAGCUACUCCUGGAAUUAUCCCUUUUUCAGGAGUAAAAAUUGUUUUGACCAAAUAGGAGUCAAGAUAUAGACAAUCGUUGACAUGAAGUGUUCCUCUAGGACACUUGGAGAACAAUUCUGAAUUGCAGAUCCACUUUAAUAUUCCAAUAGCUCAGAGGUUUCCAUGAACUGAAAGUUGGAAUAUUGAAUUAAAUUAGGUUAAGUUUAUCACAGUGAAGUAAUACUGGGGGGAAAUAAAGCAAGGAAACUUUCUUAUUCAAUCAAUCAAUCAAUCAAUUCUUCAUUGUGGUCCAAAGACCCACAAAUAGAUUCCAAUAAGAUAAAAACACAUUAAAAGCACACAUACUAUUUGGACAAUGAAUAAAACUAGGCUUGUUUCAGACUUUUAUCUAAGAAAGAAAGUUGGCAAUUACAAGAGAUAAUGCUGGGUAUCUAAUCUUCUAAUAGGUACCUAACAUAGAAUUCUGCAGGUAGGAAACUUUCUUAUUGUAAUUAAGGAGCCUAACACCGAGUAAACUGGCAAAAAUGUAUAAAUCUAAAUCAAACAAGUGUUGGAAAUGUAAAGAGAAAGAAGGUUCUUUUUAUCAUAUGUGGUGGUCUUGUAAUAAGGUUAAAGCUUAUUGGGAAAUGAUAUACAAUGAAUUGAAAAGGAUGUUCAAAAUAACCUGUGUAAAAAAAACACCAGAAGCUUUUCUUUUGGGAAUUAUAGGGACAGAACUACCUAAAUUGUAUAGAAAUUUAUUUAUGUAUGCUAUGCUACUACAGCAGCAAGAAAGCUACUUGCCCCAAAGUGAAAAGAAGCAGAAGUCCCAGCAAAGGAACAAUGGAUACAAAAACUUAUGGAAUAUGCAGAAAUGGCAAAAUCAAGAUAACAAACUUUUUUUAUAAAAGAAUGGAAAUGGUUUAUUGAAUAUUUACAGUGAAAUUGCAAACAGAGAAAGAGUAUAUAUUUAAAGUAGAUAAUUAAACAAGCAAAUUAUAUGAAUUUGGACAUGCAGAAGAUAUUUAAAAAUAAAUGUAAGGAACCGCAGAAAGAGGGGAAAGAAGGUCAAACUUUGAAACGUUAUUUUUUAAAUGCUUUUUAUUAACUUUUCAUUACAACAUGCACACAUACGACACUUAAGAAACAAACUUUUAAAAAAACACAAAACAAAUGGCAAACAUUUAGCCAUAAAUCCGAAAGUCUUCCUUCCUCCUCAAAGCGGUUCUGGUUUCGUGUUUGAUAAACUGAUUCUUUCUCAUUUCAUCAUUUCUACCCUUCUCCAUAUACUAUGCUUGUAGACCAUAAUUUGUUUUGCAAAAAUUACUCAAAGCAAGUCCAGGUUUUGAUUUGGGGGCACUGUUUUUUUAAAAGUAAUUUCUGUACACUCCCCACUCUUUUUUAUUUUUUUUGUUAGACUGUUCCCUAAUUGUGUCCAUCAUUUUUGCCAAUUCAAGAUAAUCAAAUAAUCGGUCUUGCCACUCUUUUUGUGUUGGUACUGUUUCACUUUUCCAUUAUUAUUUUUUGCAAUUAAUAUUCUUGCUGCUGCUGAUGCGUAAGGGUAUAUUCUCUUAUUUUCAAUUGGGAUGUCUAAUAUGCCCAAUAAAAAGGCUUCUGGUUUCUUUAUAAAAGUUUGUUUAAAUAUUUUUCUCAACUCCUCAUAAACAGUGUCCCAGAAGCUCUUAAUUUUGUUGUCAAAUUUUCAAACGUUAAAUUGAUUGUAAAACUAGUGAAAUGUAUAAACUUGAAAUGUGUAAAUAAUUUUUUUAGAAAAAAAAAUAUUGUGAAUAAGAACGAGUUGGGCAGUUGCAUCCUAAGGAGAGGUUAAAAGUUACCUUCACAUGGCACAGGUCAUACAGCAAAGGUAAGAGAUGGAAAUUAAUGUUUGGCAGGAGGAAAAGCUAGUGAUGUUUCAUAGCUGCUACCUAAUAGCAGAUGUUAAGGUAAAGAGCAUAUUUUGGGCGGGAAAGGAUCAUCCCAAGGAAGAACUUGCACAUCUCAUUUUAAGUGAGAUGACCAAGUUUUUCCAUGUUAAAAGGUAAAGGGACCCCUGACCAUUAGGUCCAGUCAUGGCUGACUCUGGGGUUGUGGUGCUCAUCUUGUUUUAUUGGCUGAGGGAGCCAGCGUACAGCUUCUGGGUCAUGUGGCCAGCAUGACUAAGCCGCUUCUGGCGAACCAGAGCAGUGCACGGAAAUGCCUUCCCACCAGAGUGGUACCUAUUUAUCUACUUGCACUUUGAUGUGCUUUCGAACUGCUAGGUUGGCAGGAGCAGGGACCGAGCAACGGGAGCUCACCCCGUCGCGGGUGUUCGAACCACCGACCUUCUGAUCGGCAAGUCCUAGGCUCUGUGGUUACCCAGAAACAAAAGUAAAUAUGCAAAUCCCUUGUAUACCUCUGUCUUGUUGUUUUGCGGUAAUAAGCAAAGCCAGUGCUUAAUUCCUGAUGAAUACAAUGUGCUUAUAGCAAUUUCUCUGUGAGUGAAUAACAUUGCAUUGACUCUGUCCCUCUGGCUUCACAAAGAGCCAUUUCAAGAUCGCUAAACAACUACAUCUGAUGAGUGAAGUAUCCCGUUUCCUCUCUAUCCUGACUUCUUUCUCAAGCUGCCAGACUUCUCUUUAAUCAGUAGUUGAUGGGAAAAAGUGAUCGUACAAUAUAAAAAAUGUCAGCUCUGUGGGUGGUACACAAUUAUCCAGAGGAGAAAAAUCUCGUCGUGUUGUUGCUUGUUUGGUUUAGGAAAUCACCUCAGCACACACAGACUGAAGCAAUUUUUAACCAUCAAGACCUAUAGAAAUAAAUUCAAGUUGUUAGCUAUUUGAUUCCUAAAAACUCACAGUCCAGUUAAGUUAAGGAGGUGUAAGAGAAGAAGGAAAGAAAGAGAUGUGGAUGAAUGGGUCAUAGCAGCUGUUGCUUAGGACCAAUAUCUUGUGCAACAAAUUACUCUAGAAAGGCAACUUAUAUUACCUUGAAUGUGUAUGACUAAAUUCAUUCAGAUAUACCCCAUAUGCUUCUGGGCUCAGUUCCAGGAGUUCCUCUACCUAUUGGCUGGAGAGCUCGACUUUCAAAGCUAUAAAAGCUUAGCACAUAAGUGCGCACAUUAAAUCCAACAAGGUGCACCUUUUUGGAGGGGGGUCCAUGAGGGAGGGAGGUUGGCUUUAAAAAGUUGCUUUUGCUCCAAUUUCCCAAUCUAAGAUGCCAGAUGUUUUCUUUUCUUUUGUUUUUUUAUCAAUUUUUAUUAGUUUUUUAACAUACCAUUUUCAACAAUAAUUAAACAUACUUUUACAUCUUAUACAAUUUUUUGACUUCCAUCAAUCCUGUCUGAAAAUUUUCCAAUCUAAUCUCUUAGUAUACAUUUCUUACUUUCCUUAUUACAUUUAAAACUCAUAACCAAUAUCUCUAUUCUUUGUAAUGUUUCAUAUAUUUCUCCUUACAAAACCUCUUAUAGUCCUACUAGCGUAAUUUGUUGGUUACAAUUGCUCUUCAAAUAGUUCAUCUAUUUCUUCCAAUCUUCUGUAAAUCUCUGUUCCCGCAGGUUUCGAAUUCUUCCUGUCAUUUUGUCCAAUUCUGCAUAGUCCAUUAAUUUUGUCUGCCAUUCUUCUUUCGUCGGGAUUUCUUCUUGCUUCCAUUUCUGGGCCAAUGGAUGGUGCUGUUUUGAUUCAUAAUUUUACUUCUAGAGCUUACCUGCCUCGUCUUCCCCCAUUUUACUUCCCUCUGUUGGUCUUUGGGCAGGUGUUCAGAACCAGCUCUCCAUGAUGAAUCAUGGCAUAGCAGGAAUCAGCCUCUUCAUCGGACUCAAAGGUUCCAAGGAAGAACUGGGAUUUGAAGCUAAGAACUACUACAUCUACCGACACAGCGACUUCAGUGAAGCGUAAGGUGUAACUUUGCUACCGAACCAGCUAAGAGUUAGGGGAAAUUUGAAAUUUAUUUGACCACAGCGAUAUGGAGUGAACCUUCUCUCAACUUUUGGGUCAUAUGGCCGAAAUUGUAGAAGUUAUAUCCAAGAUGGCAUCACCCUUGGCUCAUCCUUCAGUAUGCAUGAAACCAGUGCUUUUUUUCUUUAAAAAAAAUGUUUAGGGGUACUCUCAUUUUCCUCAUAUUGAAAUGCUGCCCCUCAAUGAGGCCAAACUUAGAAUCACAAAAUGUUUAGGGGUAUGCGUACCUCUGCGUCCCUCCAGGAAAAAAAGCACUGCAUGAAAUCAAAAUGACCUAGGAGUUUCCUAAUGAGGAAAUGAACAUUUGGGGACUUUUUAUUUGAGGGGGGGGCAAAGGAAUAAAGUGACCCAAGGAGGGGUAGGUAGUGAGAGAAGUCUGUCAGUGGACUAAUAAUAAUAAUAAUAAUAAUAAUAAUAAUAAUAAAUUUUAUUUAUACCCCGCCCUCCCUGGCCAGAGCCGGGCUCAGGGCGGCUAACACCAAUAAAAUCACAGUAAAAACAUAAUAAGGGGGAAAGCGAGGGAGGGGAAACCCAAUUUAAAAUACAGGUUAAAAUGCAAUUUAAAACGUAGCCCCAUUUUAAAAAUAGCCGAUAAAUCAAGACCAUAAGGGGAGGGAAAACAUAAGGGUCAGACCAAGUCCAAUGCAAAGGCCAGGCGGAACAGCUCUGUCCGUCACCCAGUUGAACCGAUUAGCAGGAGACAAAAGAAAAUGCUUCUUCAUUUAUUGGAUAGCUAAACUAUGGAAUUAAUCAGGCAACAAUGUGGUGGUGUGGCCGCUAACUUUUUAGAAGGUCGUUUUUUCUGAUAGAUCUUUUUCAAUAACCUCUAAGUGGCUUUUGGCUGUUGCAGCUAAAGGGAGCCGCCAUCUUCAGAGGUAUUAUAGCAGUGAAUACCAGUUGCUUGAGGGCAACAGCAAGUGAGAUCUGUUGCCUUCAUGCCUUGCUGGUUGGUUUUUGGGAGGUAUCUGACUGCCACCAUGGGAAACAGAAAGCAGGACUAGAGGGACUUUUAAAAAAAAUCUAGGAAGGGUCUUCUCAUCUCUGAUUUUCCACCCCCACACACUGCUGGCUAACAUAGGUUUUGCAAAAUUAUAUGAAUUUAAGGUUAAAGUACUGAGAGCCUUAAAUCUUCUAGGACAGACAUCCCCAAACUCUGCCCUCCAGAUGUUUUGGAACUACAAUUCCCAUCAUCCCUGACCACUGGUCCUGUUAGCUAGGGAUGAGGGGAGUUGUAGUCCCAAAACAUCUGGAGGGCCAAGUUUGGGGAUGCCUGUUCUAGGAGGUAAUAAUAUAAAAUAAAUAGCAUGAUUAUAAAUGAUAAUAGCACUAAAAUUAAUGAUACAAUAUCAAGUUUCAGUUUCCAAAUAAUAAUACUAGAAUUGCCGAAUCACGCUAAACAGAUAGCCAAAUCUUAUGAAGUGUCUCAUUCCCAGAAUUUAUAAACCAGGGCCAUUUUUCUACAAACUUGCUUGUUUGUACCCUAUCUCGACUUCUUGGGGAGGAGGUAAUGUCAGUUUAACUGGCUCACUUUCCAUAUCAUGACAAAUCAUAGCUAGUUGUUUGUUUGCCAUUAAUGUGGAGAUCCAUCAUGCUUCGCUCCUUCCCUCAGACCAGCAGGAUUGGUCAGCCAAGAACAGACUUGGCAUUAUGGUUUGCCAUCAUUUGUGAAAGCUGCCUUUGAGAGUGUUAUUUUAUUUGUUCAUAUAUACAACUCAUAACUGUAUACAAAUGCAAAUUAGAUACUUGCCAGUAGUUGAUCAAUAACGUUCACUUAGCAGCCAAAUUUUAGCUCCCUUGGCUACUCUGUCCAUAGCUCCUUGUCUUUGUUCUUGUCUGUAGAAAAAGCACCUGAAAUGAUCUUGUACAAUGGCUUUAUGGAGUGGGCCUUUAUGGAGAUGCAAAACUAAACUCUGGCACUCUAAAUUCUAAUUCUCUUGACUGUAUUUGGAUUGGUUGGAUCUGAACUGAAUUUUCAAAACUUUCUCCCGGUUCAACACAUUUUUAAUUUAUUUUUAACUGGCUGUGAAAAUGGUAUAUCUGAAUUGGUAAGCAGAAGUGCUCUGACAUGUUUCCUCCUGGAGCCUGGUACAGUUUCGUUUUUUCUAUGCUUACACUCCAAAGGAAUGUAGCUUUCAUCGCAGCACAGCAUGCUUUUUCCCAAAGGCAUUCUGAGAGAUCUGCAUUGGCUCCCAGUACGUUUCCGAGCACAAUUCCAAGUGUUGGUGCUGACCUUUAAAGCCCUAACCGGCCUCGGUCCUGUAUACCUGAAGGAGCGUCUCCACCCCCAUCAUUCAGCCCGGACACUGAGAUCCAGCGCUGAUGGCCUUCUGGCGGUUCCCUCAUUGCGAGAAGUGAGGUUACAGGGAACCAGGCAGAGGGCCUUCUCGGUAGUGGCGCCCACCCUGUGGAACGCCCUCCCUUCAGAUGUGAAAGAAAUAAGCAGCUAUCCUAUCUUUAAAAGACACCUGAAGGCAGCCCUGUUCAGGGAAGUUUUUAAUAUUUAAUGCUGUACUGUUUUUUAACACUUGAUUGGGAGCUGCCCAGAGUGGCUGGGGAAACUCAGCCAGGUGGGCGGGGUAUAAAUAAAUUAUUAUUAUUAUUAUUAUUAUUAUUAUUAUUAUUAUUCAACAGUGUACACUGCCCCCACCCGGCUUUCCCUUGUGGGAGACUGGAGAGAAGGCUUAAAAAUUUAGGCCAGCCAAAAAGUUAUAAGCCGCAGAAAUUGUAGACACUUUCAACUCUCUCAAGCUUUUCCCUGUCUCCAGCAUUAAUAGUAUAGUUUGAUAAUUUGUACACAUUAUGAAGUCAAAGUUCAGAGUAAGUCUUCUUUCUUGAUAGGUUCGUUCGUUACUUUAAUUGUUCGAGAGAAACCGCUCCAGAGAAUAUCCCCUUGCUAUACAUUGGUUCUCCAUCGGCUAAGGACCCCCUCUGGGAGAAGAGAUACCCAGGUAUGGGUGUUGUUUGAACCAGCAAUGCAACAUCGUGUUUCUUAAGGGGUGGGAGGAAAUGGAGAAGAGCCAGCAGGGGGCGCUUUGUAGCCCAGAGUUGGGCAACCUGUGGCCCUAAAUCUAUGUGCAAAUCUUAGCCUGGAAUUCUGGAAUAGCCUGGAAUGAAAGGAGGAGGGAAGGAAAAGAGAGAAAGGGUCCCCACCUGCUUUGGCUUGUGGUCCUGCCCACCACUUGGUUAAGAACUCACCCACUGCCCCCAAUAGAUGAUCCCCAGUGGGGGGGGGGAGUUCUCUUCCCUUGACACCCUACCACUACCCCGAACUACCAUAGAUGACAGAAUCUUGGAAACCCAGAGAGCAAUCUAAAGGAUAGUGAAUCUUAGGAUCCAGAUUCAUGCUGGGCCCAUGACUCACUUUGUUAAAGGGUUUGGAUUUGAUGUAGGGUGAUGGGCUUGAGACGUGAUCAUGAAUGGGCUGGUAUAGCAGAUCAGGGAAACAAGAUGUCAUCGUCACAGAGGCCAGAUACCAGACUGAACAGUUGGGCCACUGAGUGAGGACAAUACAGUUUGUUCAGAUAGCCAAACCAGACUAGGAGGAAGAACUUUAUAUGCCUCUCCAUUGGGCUGCAACGUCAGAUAGCCAAUUUCAGGCCAGCUGACAGUAUUCAGGUCAAUACAGCUUGGGUCGCUGGCCAAAGGCCCUAGAGUGCUGAUGGUUGUAUGAGAUGAGGUGUCAUAGAAUGCCCAGGUUUGUGAAACGUGCGCCCUCGACACCUGACAAAUCUUCUGCAAUAAUCUGGGGUGGUAAGAUGUCCCUUUGUGGCAACCACAUCACUAAUGAAACGCUUUGUGCCCUUUUCAUUAUAGGCAAGUCCACUCUAAUUGUCCUGGCAGUUGCAAAAUAUGAAUGGUUUGAGGAAUGGAAGGAGGAAAAGGUUACUAAGAGGGGAGCGGAGUAUGAGGCCUUCAAAAACUGUUUUGUGGACAACAUAAUGGAAACGGUUCUGAAAUUUUACCCUCAAAUAAAAGAUAAGGUAAGGGCACUCCUUGUCUUGCACCAUCAGUUGUGCAAACAGCAGCAAAGAAGGAGCUUUUCAGCUCUCUUUAAAUAAUUUCUAGCAUGGUGUUUUAAAAAUUUUUUGCACAUAAAGUCCUGGAUUUGGCAUAGCCUAAGGAUAGUGCUGCUCCCAUCCUUUUGAGGUCAGCUGAGGUUAGAGACAUUACUGAUAGCUUAUUCAGCAAGCUCAUAAGAUCAGCUAGGGCUCAGGAUGAGUGUCUCUGUCCUUUUGUUAGUCUCUUGGAAGCAAGGCCUGCCUUCUACUAUUCAUUAUACUUUCUGUCUAUCUGUUGCUUUCGCUCUCUCUGUUUCCAUUUCCCUUCUUAAUUUAAAGCCCCAGGGUUUCUUAAGGAGAUGGUACAGUUCCCGAGAUGUUCUGGCCCCAAAGUGUGAACAGUUUGGGACCAGAACAUCUCGACCAAGUUUAAAAUACUGUAGCAGCAAGAAGAUUGCAAAAGUCAAGAUGGACUUGGAGCAAAACGUUGCAGUGUGGAAAGUUCCCAUUCAGAGCACCAGCCAGCCAUGCUGGUUUUGAUGAUAUUCUUUAUUUUAUUCCACUUAACCCCUUCCCAACAGACAGGCAGCCAUCCCACUGAGCAUACUCCCUGUCUUCCCUGUGCUAUCCUUAAACCCUUUUAAAGGUUUCCCCUGAUCCUACUGAAUAAAUAACAAGGAACCAUUUUGGUCUGUCUCUUUCUCUGAACAGAUUGAGUAUGUCUCUGCAGGAACUCCUCUCACCAAUAAACACUACAUAGCUUCUGUCCAAGGAGAGAUGUAUGGUGCAGAGCACAGCAUCUCCCGCCUGCAGGUGGAAGUCAUGGCCACAAUACGCCCUCAGACCCCUGUCCCAAACCUCUACCUCACAGGUAAAUGCUACUUCCUUACCACAACCCCUUAUUUAACUUCUUUAGCCUGUCCCAUCCCGAGUGCAUAGAAUAGAUGGUGUUUCUGCACUAGUCUUGACUUUGGAAAAUAAGGGUUGUCUACUCAGAGUAGGCCCAUUGAUGGGCAGGGUUAACCUAGGCUCAUUAAUGGCCACUCACCGGGUCCUGACAGUGGGCGACAUUUGUGGCCUGGCACACAGCCCCGCCAUCUUGGAGCCAUGACGGAGAGCUGUGCUGUUGCUCCAUCCCCUGGGCUUGCCGCAGGGGCUUCUGGGUUCCCACCAAACCCAGGUGCUUUAAAUCGGCCGAUCCGCGGCGGGCCAGUGGGGGAGCUAGAGGUGCGGACCGGGCGAGCACAGACUUCGCCCCAGUCUGCUCCUUAGGCAGGCCUGACAGAGUACACCUGACUGGCUGGGGAAUUAACAUUGGUUGUGGGCUGUGAAGCAGGGCCUUCAGGAUUGGUUGGCGGCCAUCUGAUUUUGUGGUUUCAGUUGUAGGUAGUCUUGGUGGUGAGAUCACAAGUUCGAUGUCUUGGGUGGUGGUUUUAGACCUUGGGCAGAAUCCUUUAGUCCAUCAUCCAAUAAUAAAUGGGGUGUUGUGGUGAUGCACCCCUCCUGUGGCAGUGAUAACAGGGUCCCCAUUAAAGGGGAUAGUGAGGGGAGUCUAUGGCCAUGGGUGUUAGGUCACAGAACUCCCAUCAGCAACUUGGAAUGGGGGCCAGCUGUGUAAACACACAUUUCGCAGUGUCGCCAUGACUAACCCUGUCUUGCCUCAGACCCCCACCAGAGGGCUGAGAGGGAUACACGCCCAAUGCCUAAGCCAAGAUUUUCCUACAUCUGAAAUUAAUAAAAGUAGUGUCCAUUUUAAUCCCAAUUAUGUGUCAUGUGUUUUCAUUGAUGUGUGGUCUGGCUCCCGGGAGAGGGGGAGGUCUACUCUAAUUGGAGCUUAGGAACAAAAACUACAUUGGGGGCAUUCACUUCCUCCAGCCUUUUUGCCCUAGAGGUGCAGAUGAGUGAAUGAACUGGGAAAGGAAGAAUGGGAAUUAACCCAAGCAGAUAUUGUUGACCUUUUCCCCUAAGCCACACCCACUUGCUCCACACAUGAUAUGAUGUGAAUGAGGGAAGGACCAAGUAAAGAUGCAACUGCAAAGGAACUACUGGGAGCCUUAAAGUGCCUGCGGGAUUUGUUUUGCUCAGGAGCUGCCAGUCAGAAAUAUUGAGUUCAGCCAAACCCUGGUGCAGAGAGGGGCUUGCAGUAGGGGCUGAACUUAAUUUCUCUAAAUGUGAAUCACCUGGUACCUGGUGCCUGACCUACCUAUCAAAGUGGCCCUCAUAGAGUGGGAAAGCUAUGGAUGCAGCCACCAGGCUUGAUCCAAUUCCCCCACCCCUGAUCUAUAAUGUACCCAAAGCCAUUGCUUCUUUGUAGAAACAGUGUAUGCUUGCUUCACAGUGUCCUUGCUUCACAGCAAAAGUACUUUGGUGAGUUUAAAGCAAGUAGCUUUCCUCUAUGAUUGCAGAUGUAGCGAUGCCAUCUGUAUACAGUGGUACCUCUGGUUGCGAACGGGAUCCGUUCUGGAGAUCCGGCUGCAUCCCAAGGAAUUCACAACCGGAGGUGCCGCUUCUGCGCAUGCACGUGGCGCGUAGAAUGCUUCUGCACAUGCGUGCGGGGCGAAACCCAGAAAAAUACUUCCGGGUUUGCUGUGUUCGCAUCCUGAAAGAUAUUGAUACAGGCUAGUACCAUUGACACCUGUGCCACCUAGUUUAGAGGUUAAGCCAACUUUGUUUUCUUAGAUUCAGACUGUCAAUAUCUCAUACUUACAGUGCAGGGGACCUUGAGAGUUACAGCUUUAUAACUUUAUCUAAUGCAUUGAUUACUCUCCACCCCCCAUGAGUACAAUUUUUAAAACCCCUCUUGUAAAGUUUGAAGACGCUUUCAGUCUGGAGGGACAAUUUCACCCUAGUCCCUGGAAUAGCAGGCAGCCACCCCCAAAGGUUAGAUCUUGUUCUAACAUUAAACUCGAUUAGAAAAAUAGAAUGAACUAGGUCUUGGGGUGUCUGGGUUUCUUUUUAAAGAUGCCUGAUCUUUCUGUGUGUCCCUUUCUUAGCUUUUCCUACCGGCUACACAGGUGCCUUAAGGGGUUUCUGCAAGUGACCUUCUGCAUAAUAUAACUCAGCAGCACUUUGGAGUACUGAGGUGCUCUCCCAAACAUCAUUCCUGGCUAUUGACAAGAGGGGUGGUGAUGAGGAGAAAGACAGACAAGAGUAAAGACUGAUAAGAGGCAAUUACAGUGGUACGUCUGGAUACGAAUGGGAUCCGUUCUGGAGCCCCGUUCACAUCCUGAAGCAAACGUAACACGCAACUGCACGUCUGCGUGUGUCACGUUUCACUGCUUCCGCGCAUGCGUGUGAUGUCCAUUUGAGCGUCUGCGCAUGCACGAGCGGUGAAACCCGGAAGUAACGCUCUCCGUUACUUCUGGGUCACCGCGGAACGCAACCCAAAAAUACUUAACUUGAAGCUACUUUAACCCGAGGUAUGACUGUGUGCCCAUGCUCUCUGUCCGUAGAGCAUGAGACUCUUAAUCUCAGGGUUGUGGGUUAGAGCCCCACGUUGGGCAAAAGAUUCCUGCAUUGCAGGGGGUUGGACUAGAUCACCCUCAUGGUCCCUUCCAACUCUACAAUUCUAUGACUCCUCCUUGUCUUUUGUUUUUCCCUGCCAGGUCAGGAUGUCUUUGUUGGUGGCUUUCCAGGAGCACUUCAUGGAGCCAUUGUCUGCGCUUCUGCUGUCCUGAAGCGUAAUCUCUACAUUGACAUCAUGUGGUUAUACGGAAAAAUCAAAGCCAACAGUGCCAUGAAGAAAAACUGA